AGUUGGUCCAUAGGCAAAGAUGGAAACAUUCUGUCCGUUGAGUGAAUGAAGCAGUUGUGGCUUGACACAUUCUUGAUAGAUUGUCUGCUGGUGUGUAUUUAUGUCAUAUACAGCUGAAAAACUGAACAAAAGAGCAUCAUAAUGAUGAGUAUACCAAUUUAUAAUGACAAGUCAAAGAAAGAGGAAGAGGAGUAUUGGUGUGUUGAAGGAAGUGAUGAUGAAAAAUAUGAUCCAUCAAAGUCGGGGAAAGGCUUAUGGGAACCAAGUGCAGAAGACAUUCUUAAACUGUUUGAAAAACUUAAAAAAGACAAAAUUUUAGACCUUAAAUGGAAAUGUCCUGGAAGAAAACCACCUGAUUCAGAAAUUGAGAAUGAUCGAAAGGUAGCGGAAACAGAAGAAAAGGAAGAAGAAAUCAGUAUGGAAGAAGAAAAAAAACCAGAGCAGCCAACAGAAUUUGAUUUUGAUGAUGAUGAAUUCAGUGACAUGUCAAACCCAAUCACUCCAAGACGUACACCAGGAGGAAAGACCCCUAAGUCACAGAAGAAAGUUGCAACAAUGGAUAAAGUUUUUAGAAAUAUCAUGAUAGAAAGAAAACAAGCAGCAUUACAAAAGGAAGCAAGAAAGUUAGCUAAAUCUCCAAGAACACCUCAAGGGGUACCAAGACCAAGACUUGGUACCCCUCCUGUAGCCUCAAAUAUUGGACAAAGUCAACACAGAGGAACUCCCUUAAGACCACCUGCAGUGUCUGAGGCUGCUCCUAUUAGAAAUCUGAUGGCUUCUUCAGUUGCUGAUAUAAAUCCAAAUGUGCCGCCUGAGACAAAAGAUGCACAAACGCCAGGGAACAUUUCUGCGGACAGUUUGUCAAAAUUUGAACAAAAAUCAGAAGAUAAAGUCUCAUGAAAGGAAUUUUCAUUUAGGAGAAAUGAUUUUUAAAUGUAAUCCAUGCAUCUCUUUUUUCGACUAUUAUGAGAUUUGUGUCAAAUGCAUGCUACUAGUGAAAGUGGACACUUAUACUAAAAUCAAUGAAAUUCAAUGUUUUCAUCAUUUUUAGUUGAUGAAUGCUGUAUUAAAUGAAAAUCUGUUGACUUGAUGAAAUGGUGACUAUUUUCACAAAAAAUCUUAAGAUUAAAAUUAGUUGUAAUUUUUUUGUGAAUAGAGUCACAGGAUUCCAGAAAUUUCACCAUGUAAUAAAAAUUGCCACAAAUAUA